CGCCAUCUUGGUUUUGUGUGUGAAUGAGUGAGCAAGUGCCGGCUGGAUAGCUUAAGACUGAAGGCCGAGCAACUCGACAUUGGAGAGUGACAUAAAGCAUAAAGGAAGGAGAUUUGGGGCAUCGGCGACGCCAGGCAGGAAUUAUUGAUGUCCAGCUCGCCGCUGUCCAAGAAACGCCGCGUGUCCGGAUCUGAGACAAAGACGGGUUCUAAUUGCUCCUCUGCUCUCUCUGUGCGAACUGAAUCAGCAGCACCAGCUAACGGUAUGGCCAGAAAUGGAACAGAAUCAGAAAUUGAUGAGGGGCUUUACUCCAGACAGCUGUACGUUUUGGGUCAUGAGGCAAUGAAAAGAAUGCAGAGCUCUGAUGUCUUAAUUUCUGGAAUGCGUGGUCUAGGAGUAGAGAUUGCUAAGAAUGUCAUCCUGGGAGGUGUAAAGUCAGUUACCAUUCAUGAUCAGGGAGUGGCUCAGUGGGUUGACCUAUCUUCUCAGUUUUAUCUUCGUGAGGAAGACCUUGGGAAGAACAGAGCAGAAGUGUCUCUGCCUAGGCUGGCAGAGCUGAAUACUUAUGUUCCUGUAUCUGCUUAUAUGGGUCAGUUAACCAAAGACUAUCUACAUCAAUUCCAGGUCGUAGUUUUAACUGCAUCCUCCCUAGAAGAACAGCUUUGGAUUGGAGAAUUCUGUCACUGCAAAGGUAUUAAAUUCAUCUGUGCUGACAGUAAAGGAUUAUUUGGGCAGCUCUUUUGUGACUUCGGUGAUGAUAUGGUAGUAACAGAUGCAAAUGGAGAACAGCCCCUUAGUGCAAUGAUUUCCAUGAUCACAAAGGACAACCCUGGUGUGGUAACUUGCUUGGAUGAGGCUCGUCAUGGUUUUGAGAGUGGAGAUUACGUGACAUUUACUGAAGUUCAGGGGAUGGAAGAACUCAACCACUGUGAACCAAUGGAAAUCAAAGUGUUAGGUCCAUAUACAUUUAGCAUCUGUGACACUUCUGCAUUCUCUGACUAUGUUCGUAGUGGAAUUGUUAGCCAGGUGAAGAUGCCAAAGAAGAUUAAUUUUAAAUCAUUGAAAGCCUCAGUAGAGGAGCCUACAUUUGUGAUGACUGAUUUUGCCAAAUUUGACCACCCUGCUCAGCUUCAUAUUGGUUUUCAGGCUUUACAUCAAUUCCAGAGAAAAUAUAGUCGUCUGCCGAAACCCAGGAGCAAGGGAGAUUCUGAGAGGGCUUUGCUUUUGGCUCUUCAGGUCAAUGAGCAGUCCCUUAAUCAGCUGUCAGAGCAUUCUGUACAGCUAUUACUUUUUGAUCAAUAUGCAGACUUUACUCCUGUAGGUGGAUUCAUUGGUGGAGCUUCAGCCGCUGAGGUCUUGAAGGCAUGUACAGGAAAGUUUAUGCCCAUCAUACAGUGGCUUUAUUUUGAUGCAGUGGAAUGUUUACCAGAGGGAGAUGCUGUUUUGGAUCUAACUGAGACUAAGUGCAGUCCUACAACAUGUCGGUACAAAGGCAGGGUUACAGUUCUUGCCUCCACGUUUCAGCAGAAACUGGCCUUCAAAAAAUUGUUCCUUGUUGGUGCUGGUGCUAUUGGCUGUGAGCUUCUAAAGAACUUUGCAAUGAUGGGACUGGCCUGUGGAGAAGGUGGAGAUAUUACUGUGACUGAUAUGGACACCAUUGAAAAAUCCAAUCUUAAUAGACAGUUCCUUUUCCGGCCUUGGGAUGUUACGAAAAUGAAGUCUGAAACAGCAGCUGCAGCUGUCAAACAGAUGAACCCCAGCAUUCAUAUUAUUGGCCACCAGAACAGAGUUGGUCCUGAUACAGAGAAGGUCUACGACGACGAAUUCUUUGAGGCACUAGACGGAGUGACAAAUGCACUGGACAAUGUAGAUGCACGAAUGUACAUGGAUCGUCGCUGUGUAUAUUAUCGCAAACCCCUACUUGAGUCUGGAACUUUGGGUACUAAAGGAAAUGUCCAGGUUGUCAUUCCAUUUUUAACUGAGUCCUACAGUUCAAGCCAGGAUCCUCCAGAAAAAUCAAUUCCUAUUUGUACACUAAAGAACUUUCCCAAUGCAAUUGAGCACACAUUGCAGUGGGCCCGUGAUGAAUUUGAAGGUCUUUUUAAGCAGCCUGCUGAAAAUGUCAACCAGUAUAUAACGGAUCCUAAAUUUAUGGAAAGAACACUGAAACUGCCAGGCAGUCAGCCGCUGGAGGUACUGGAAGCCCUUUAUCGGAGCUUAGUGACAGAGCGACCAAAGAGCUGGGAAGGCUGUGUGUUUUGGGCCAGAAGUCACUGGCAAACUCAGUAUUCCAAUAAUAUUCGUCAGCUGUUGCACAACUUUCCACCUGACCAGUUGACUAGCUCUGGAGCUCCUUUCUGGUCUGGUCCAAAAAGAUGUCCACAUGCUUUGAGUUUUGAUGUUAGAAAUUCAUUACACUUGGAGUAUGUCGCUGCCGCUGCUAACCUUUUUGCAGAAACGUAUGGUAUUUCUGGAUCUAGAGACACUGCUGCUAUUGCCAGAAUCCUUGAGUCAGUUAAGGUCCCAGAAUUUAUACCUAAAUCCGGAGUGAAGAUUCAUGUGUCGGACCAAGAACUCCAGAAUGCCAGUGCUUCUAUAGAUGACCGAAGGUUGGAAGAGUUGAAAUCCUUGCUUCCUACUGUAGAGAUGCUUUCUGGCUUUAAAAUGUAUCCCAUUGACUUUGAAAAGGAUGAUGACACAAACUUCCACAUGGAUUUCAUUGUAGCAGCAUCUAAUCUUCGUGCAGAGAACUAUGACAUUCCUUCAGCUGAUAGACACAAGAGUAAACUAAUUGCAGGCAAGAUUAUUCCUGCCAUUGCCACAACUACUGCUGCUGUAGUGGGAUUGGUCUGUCUAGAGCUUUACAAAAUUGUCCAGCAGCACAAAAAGAUAGACUCUUACAAAAAUGGAUUCAUGAAUCUUGCACUACCCUUCUUUGCAUUCUCUGAACCUAUUGCUGCUCCAAAACACAAGUAUUAUGACGAGGAAUGGACACUUUGGGAUCGGUUUGAAGUGAAAGGAAUAUCACCUAGUGGAGAUGAAAUGACACUCAGACAGUUCCUUGAUUACUUUAAGAAAGAACACAAGCUGGAAAUCACAAUGUUAUCACAGGGCGUGUCAAUGCUCUAUUCUUUCUUCAUGCCUGCGGCCAAAUUAAAGGAGCGCCUGGAUCAGCCAAUGACCGAGAUUGUCACCAAAGUGUCAAAAAAGAAGAUUGGAAAACAUGUGAAGGCACUAGUAUUUGAGCUUUGUUGUAAUGAUGACAGUGAUGAUGAUGUAGAGGUUCCUUAUGUCCGUUACACCAUCCGUUAAUAGCUGUAAGGAAAGAAGAGUGUGUGGCAUAAUUUGUGGACAAUGCCGAGCCAUGAAUAAAAACAAUGCUGUGCAGCCCCAUUAAUGUGGACAUGUAAUUUUUUUUGGAAGACAACCAUAAGUGGGUAGACAUGAGGAGGUGUCAUUCUAUUGUACAAAAAAGAAAUGAAUCGAGCUAAUGGAUUCCCAGACAUAAUUUAUCUUUUUUACAUUUGGAUUUUCAGUCUAGUAUUACUUGUUUCAGGAUAGUAUGGUUUUGUAUAUUUCACUUUAUCAUCCAUAGUAUGCUGUUGCACUGUGAGGCACUCCACUUGUACAUUGUUGUAUUCUUCCAAAAAGUUGAAAUUUCACCAUCUUGACUUCAUUUAGUAUUAGAAGAAAGGUGGUGGUAGAAACAUAAUCCAAACCCAUAUUAAAUGAGUGAAAAUGUUAAAUGUUGUAUGUUUGGGUCUUUUAUCCCCUUUUCAUAUGGUGCCUUUUUUCUCUAAUCCUCUGCCCAUUUUAUAGCUUUGUACAGUUCUGGAACAAGUUUAUGCAGAACAUAUCCACAUUUGGUGACAGCGCCAGUAAGAAUGGUUAGUACAAAACAUCUGUUAAGAGUGGGUGAGGCACAUGGUUUCUUGAAAGAGAUAUGCAAGGUUUAGCAGUGUCAUGUGGUUGAGGCUUCUAACUUCCAGGGAUAGAAGCAAGGAGGAAAAGAAAGGUAUUUUGCUUGACAAAGUGAACUUGCACUAUUGUGUACAUUUUAACAGCAUAGAACUGAUUUUUCCUGUGUACAUUCUCUUCUGCCUUUUUAUAGUAAAGUGCAAAUCUUUACUUUGUAAGCAAAGAGAAGUUCUGCAUAAACAAAGCAUUUAAUAGUAUGCACCAUACCACAGUUGCUGUAACAAGCUGAGUUCUUAGGGAUGAGGUGUUUGGGGGAGGUCAUAGGUUUCUUCCAUCCCUUUAUACAGCAGGCUGGUGCAUAAGAGCACAUUUGGUAGUAUAGGGACUUUUAGCUAUCAAGCUCAGCAGCUGGAUGCAUUGUUUUUUGUUGUGUUGUGUUCUGUCCAGAAGAGGAGCUAACGUAAACCACUGUCUGCAGUGGAAGCACUUAGUCUAUGAUUUAAAUAAACUUUAAACAAAAUCUG